AUGGGCAGCGCCAUUUUGUUUGCGUUCUACGUCGAUGACGUCAAAUGGUUGCACUCGGCAAAAAAACACCACGAAUUUGACCCCUGGCAUGUGGCAAAAGGAGUGUCCAAAAAACUGGCCAUUGUAGCAAAGAGGAAAGACUGUGAAGGCCUGGGAGAGUGGAUACCAUCCAUUGUUAACCAUUUACGGUGGAGAGCCCAAACCUGUGAGGGUGAUGCCGAGGUGCUGAAGGAGAAGAGGGUGUCAGUAACACACCAUGUUACCAGCCGGCAUGACUGGCCAGGUAACAGACAUUACCACAGGUGUGCUCAUGAGCCCCUUGAUGAACAGAGCGAGAGAAGGAAGCUUUGGUCGAGUCCAGAAUCUGAAGCCCACAAAGCACUGGUGAGGACAGUUAAAGACAAGCGACUUCUGAAAGACCUGGACCACCUGACCAAGAGCAUCCACACUACAACACUAGAGGUGUUCCACUCAAUGUACCUCAAAUACCUUCCAAAGAGGAUUCAUUUUGGAUAUGAUGUGAUGGUCCAUGCCUCCAUGAUUGCUGCUCUGGAUCAUAACAACAACACAAACAGGGAACAGGCAGUGUUUCAAGAUGGGGAGACUGUUGGUGAACCUAAGUUCAGAAUCUCCUGGAGCAAGGUUCACGAGACGUUCAGAGCAAGACCGGCAGUGGUUAAGAAGGACUAUGGCUACAUGACGGCAAUGGUGGCAGAUGUUCUCUCCUCUGUGACAGAUUUGAUGGACAUGAGACUGGACAGAACACACAUCAUGGCUCCACAACAAACACCAUCCCGAUCACAGAUCAUAUUUCAGACACAGCAAUUUUCACGUUUGAAGUAGCUGCAUCUAUACACAUUGCAUACACACACACCAGCAUUCUUCUCUGUAGGGCUGUUUAACAAUUAAUCGUGAUUAAUCAUAUCCAAAAUAAAAGUUUGUUUACACAUAAUAUGUGUGUACUGCAUAUAUAUAUAUAUUUUUAUAUAUUU